CACGCGAGCGUCAAACAUGGGGAGACGCUGGAGGAUUUGGCCAAAGGGCCCGGUGCUGUUGCUUCGCCUGGGAUGGCUCCGCUGGUCGAGGUUCAUGCAGCCGUUCGAUCCGUGACAAUUGACUCGGAGGACACUAUCACACUAUCUCUGGGGAUGAUGCCCAUUCCUUUGAGCUGAAACGACGAGAGGUGCUAGUUGAGAAGUCUAAAAGAAGUCAGUCCAACCGUGUUCGGCAAGUGGUUAAGGCGUUUGAGGCCGACCUGAUGAUGGAUGAUUCUUCUCCUAGGAAGUGGGUCCGUCAACCUCGUUCUCUCGAAAGAAAGCAACAGCUAGAGCUGAGAGAAGGUGAGGAAGGACUGUUGGGGAUUAAUGCCUAUGGGUCCAAUCUUUUGGAUCCUACUGUUGGGGGUCUAAAGCGAUCGCUGGAGAAACUUGAGGGUGAUGUUGCGGAAUCCCCAACCCCGAGAAAACAAUUUGUGGAGGACAACGAUGGAAUUGAGAAGGUGGAGGAAGCCAGCCUCGAGUGGCCCCGCCCGGAUAAAUGAGGCUCCUAGGCUGGAAUGUGAGAGGAAUUGGACCAUCCCUCACAUUCCAAACUAUUGUAUGUUUAAUUCGUUCCAAUAAACCGGAUCUCGUGUUUUUCUCGGAAACACGAUCGAGACGACGAGUAGUUACCCGCCGUAUGCGGGGUUUAGGUUUUGAUAAUUCCCAUUGUUUCUUUGUCGAUGCAAUUGAGGCAUCGGGUGGUUUAGUUCUUGCGUGGUCCACGGAGUUGACGCUUUGGUGUUUUUCCAUUACAGCUUCUGUAUUUGUACGCAAAUUAAUGAAGUGGAUUUUUCUUAUGUUGUGGUCUUUGUCUACAUUAGUUGCAAUGUUUCUUUACGAGCAACUCAACUGGCUCAGUUAUGUGAAAUAUGCGACAGUAUCCACCAACCCUAUGUGAUCAUUGGUGAUUUUAAUUCUACUCUUCAUGAAAAUGAAAAAGAUAGUGGUAUGUCAUGGAAUGCGGCUGAUAAACCGUUAAUUGCACAUUUUUUACUCCUAUUCUGGAGCCGUUUGAGGUGUUGAUUCUCGUGUUUUAGGCCGAUUUCACGCUAGGUUGUGCUUGUUUGUGAUAUUUCAGGUCCUAGUACAUGAAUGAAGUUUUGGGAGCGAGUUCGAGGUCGAUUGGACGAAGAUCGGACGCGUGGCGAGUCGCUGAGGAAGUCACACGGGCACACACAAAUCCCACACAGCCGUGCAAGUAAUCAAUGUGGCCGUGUGGGAUUGUGCGAGCCUUCACACGGGCAGGAAUAAAUCCCACACGGCCGUGUCAUGAACCAAAGUGGCCGUGUGGAAUUCUGCGAGGCUUCACACGGGCAGACUGGAGGCUCCACAGGCCCGUGUGCCCCUGACCGUGUAGGUAGCCUGAAGUCAAUUAAUCGGAACGCGGCGUUUUGGAUCUCACACGGUCAACUGGGUAUGCCACACGGCCGUGUGGCCUGCCCGUGUGAGUCGGGAUUUUCUGGUUUUAAGCCAAUUUCCAGCCACAAGUGAGUGGGAUUCGAGUUUUAGAGAGACAGAGCGAUUCCUAGAGAGAGAAAGUGAUGAACAAGAGUUCCCAAGUGCCCCAGCUUGAUCUUCAUCACCAUUGGAGCCCGGCUUGAGCUUGGAGAAGUGCCGAUCGACGACCAGGAGCUGAAACCCAUCCUUCACAGUAUGGUUUCCGCAUCUAAAUGUGCUUUUGCUUCUUUCUCCAUGGAGUAGUUCUCCCAUUCAUCUGGGUAUGGAGAACCCUAGAUUUGUAUGUUAGGUCUGAUUGUAUGAACCCAAGUACAGAUUUCAUGAGUUGAUUAUAUUCGAUUGAGGCUUGAAUGAUUGAAUGACUUGAAUCCUGAUCAAAUUCAUGUUGUUUCUGCUUUAACCUAGAAUGAGAAUAUCUGCCUAGGUUGAUAGAGCACCCUUAAUUGAAGGUGGCGAAUUGGUGACUUUAGUCGAGGAGCCAAUUCGCUAUUCUGUACCGAAUUCAAUUGGGUAGUGGAGGCUUGGUUCGUUAGGGCCUCAAUCUGUUUACUCCGGUGGAGGUUAGUCGCCCGCUGGAGACUCAGAUUGAGAGGGUCUGGAGACCUUUAGUCGAGACUUCAGACUGUUUAAGAACCUUCCGCAGUAUAACUUUCAUGGAAACUGAACUUGGUAAAUUGCAAUCCGGCUUAAUUGCAGUCUAGGGGGAACCAUAUCCGGGUGACCUCUCUCGACUUGAAAACAACCGUUUAACUUGCUUUGUGUUUUUGUUUGUUUGAACCUGCACUUAAGUUUUACCGCUAGAUAAUAAGAAUUCACUGAGUAG